UGGCGCCUGCCAAGGAGAAGGGGGAGUGCUGUUGUGGGAAGGCGAAUUUCAACAUGUUUUCAACGGAUUUUUAGGAAAUUGAGGUUAGAGAAACCCUUCUCUCCAAAUUGGGAGCAGCUGAGAAAGGAGGGAGCGUUGAAAUGGAUCUGUAGCUGCUCCUCGUACUUGUAACAUUUAGAUGAGAUGGUAUUCCCAAGGAGGGCAAUUGAAAAUGGCUUCCUCCCCAGGAUGCGGCAAGAAGGACUCCUGUUGCUCCCACCGGAUGGCAGUGCCCAGCGUUCACCAGACUCUGGACGAGAUGGAUUUUGAGAGAGGGAUUUGGUGUGCUGCUCUGAACGGAGACCUCGAGAAGGUCAAACGGCAUGUCCUGAAUCAUGGAAACCCCAGUGAGCCCGAUGCCUUUGGAUAUACUGCUUUGCACUACGCCAGCCGCCACGGGCAUUAUGACGUCUGCCGUUUCCUCCUGGAGAGGGGAGCCCUUUGCGAUGCCCAGACCCAUGGUGGGGCCACGGCACUCCACCGCGCAGCUUACUGCGGCCAUACGGACGUUGCCAAGCUUCUGCUGUCCCAUGGGGCCAACCCGGGUGCCACAGACGAUGAGGGGAAGACCUGCCUGCACAAGGCAGCUGAGAAUGGACACCGUGAGGUCUGCCACCUUCUUCUGGAGCACAGUGCAGGGCUGAGGCAGGUGCGGGACAAGAGCCUUCGGCGCCCCUGUGACCUGGUUCCAGACCAGAAGGAAGACCUGAGGAAGCAGCUUUCUGAACAAUGAAUUGUUUGCUGAUGGUUCAAGAAACCAGGCUGUUCUUUGAGGCCUCUGUUUCUCAACUCUGGCAUCCUCCAGACGUUUAGACCCUUUCCUAGGUUCCCUUGCCACUAGUUUUGCUGGCUGGAGUUUUACAUCAAAAAUGACAGGAGGGCCAAAGCUAGAGAACUAUUGUCAUAGGGAACAGACUUCAUACCAUUUCUGUGUUUGUUGUCUUCCAGUAUUGCAACACAGCAACUGGAAACCAAAUCUGCUUUUUGUUCUGUUUUGUUUGGAACAAGGCUAGGCGUCUUUUGCUCCUUUG